UCUCUCUCUCUCUCUCUCUCUCUGUCUGCUUCCAGCAGUUCCUGAAGGCACAGAGAAACACAUGUAAGUAGCCUAUCUGUAAUAAGGCACAGGUGAGAAUCCUCCACCUCCUCUCCGUCCCUAGCCAACCCUCGGCCCCGCCUCCGCUGCCACAGUGAGAGAUAGAAAAGAGAAGUGUGACUGAGUGAGUGGGUAUGUGUGUGAUGGCGGUGAGGUACACAGCUUGGAGCGGUUCUUUGGCUCGAUCUCUAGCCAUAAUGGAAGGACCAGGCCAGGUAAGAGCCUGCCACAGCGGGAGCAUGCCUGUUGCAAGAGAUACACUAUUUCCAGCAAGCAGCUCCACUGUCAGGCCCUUCAGUGAGAUUCCUGGAAUGUGGAAGAACAGCAUGGGGAACCUCUACACCUUCUGGAAACUAGAUGGAUUCAAGAACAUCCAUCACAUAAUGGUGCAUAACUUCAACACAUUUGGGCCCAUCUACAGGGAGAAAAUCGGGUACUAUGAAAGUGUGAAUAUUAUCAACCCUGAGGAUGCUGCCAUCUUGUUCAAAGCAGAAGGUCACUACCCUAAAAGGCUCAGAGUGGAACCUUGGACCUCCUAUCGGGAUUUUAGGAACCGCAAAUACGGUGUUCUUCUGAAAGAUGGAGAGGACUGGCGAUCCAACAGAGUCAUUCUGAACCGGGAGGUAAUCUCGCCGAAGGUGCAGGUGAAUUUUGUGCCAUUGCUGGAUGAGGUGGGCCAGGACUUUGUGGCUCGGGUUCAUAAAAAGAUUGAAAGAAGUGGACAGAACAAAUGGACCACAGAUCUGUCCCAUGAACUCUUCAAGUAUGCACUGGAAUCUGUGAGUGCAGUAUUAUAUGGUGAACGUCUGGGGCUGCUGUUGGAUUACAUUGAUCCAGAGGCUCAGCGCUUUAUUGACUGCAUCACUCUCAUGUUCAAGACAACCUGUCCCAUGCUGUACAUCCCCCCUUCAUUGUUACGGCGACUUGGAGCCAAAGUCUGGAAAGACCAUGUGGAAGCGUGGGAUGGUAUUUUCAACCAGGCGGACUACUGUAUUCAGAACAUCUACAGGAAACUAAGGAAGGAAUCUGGAGCUCAGAACAAAUAUCCCGGAGUGCUAGCCAGCCUUCUUAUGCUUGACCGGCUGUCCAUUGAGGAAAUCAAGGCCAGUGUGACUGAACUGAUGGCUGGAGGGGUGGACACUACGUCUAUCACCCUCCUCUGGACUCUCUAUGAAUUGGCACGGCACCCCGACCUCCAGGAGGAGCUGAGGGCAGAGGUCAUUGCAGCUCGCACUGCCUCAAAGGGAGACACAGUGCAGAUGCUCAAAAUGGUGCCACUGCUCAAAGGUGCUCUGAAAGAGACACUCAGGCUACACCCUGUAGCAGUAAGCCUGCAAAGAUACAUCACUCAAGAUGUAGUGAUCCAAAAUUACCAUAUUCCAUCUGGGACAUUAGUGCAGCUGGGACUGUAUGCCAUGGGCAGAGACUAUCGCAUCUUCCCCCGACCAGAGCAGUAUCUGCCCUCUCGCUGGCUGAGGAAUGAGAGCCACUACUUCAGGAGUUUGGGCUUCGGCUUUGGGCCUCGUCAAUGCCUUGGGCGCAGAAUUGCAGAGACAGAGAUGCAGCUCUUCCUCAUCCAUAUGUUGGAGAACUUCAAGAUUGAGAAGCAGAGACAGCUGGAAGUGAGGAGCACGUUUGAGCUUAUACUGAUCCCUGAGAAACCCAUUUUGUUAACUAUAAAGCCCCUACUAUAAAGCAGUAAAUGAUAAACUCCUUCCAGAAGGUAAUGUUUUAACCAUUAAUUAAUUACUACGAACUAUUUCUAACAUUGGAAACACAUCAAGAGUUAAAAAAUAAACACGGACGACAAAUACUGUACGUAAAUGCAUUUAAUUUUAUUGUAAGACAUUUGCAUUUAAUUUUAUUGUAAGUUUGCUCCUAAUGUAUUUCUUUGCUGUCUUUUCUUGUUUAUACUGCAUAAAACAACAUUUUAAAUACUGUGAUGUUGAAUCAGGUUAUUUAAGGGUGUCCAGCUGCUUAUGACGUAUGUGUCCCAAAAUGGAGUCUGAAACAGUUUUCUUUAAAUAAUCAAAGAGGAAAAAACAAUGUUACACGAUGUUACUCACUUCAAUACCAUCAUCAUAUAGCAAGUACUAUUUACAAAAUACAUGUCUUUUUAUAUAUUUAUUGAAUUUUUAAGUAUUAAUUCUUGUGUACUGACCAGUGGCAAGUGAUGCAAGGUGGAUGUACGUGCAAAUCCAUGAUUGUAUUCACUGAGUCUGGUCAACAUGUCCUGCUUUUCUUUCCCCCACUGCCUGGCGUUCUCCUCCAGCUACAACACAAAACCGACCCAGCUCUCAGAAGAUGGAAUUUCGACAUUUGUAUCCUCGUUAAAGUUAGCUACUCUUUUUAGAAACGCACCUGUUUGCCCAAAGUAUGGAUGCAGACCUCUGCUCUCUCUAGCUGCUCUAACAGUCUGAGCUUCUCACUGUCUGCAAAAGGCUGCUGGAUUUUAAUAGAACAACACAUACAGCAUAUUCACUUAUUAAUUGACUUAGGGGGUUAACACUUAUUUUAUGAGAAAUUUUGAGGUAUUUUGCAAUAAUUGCAAUUAGUUGAGUUGCCCAAGACAUCUGUCGGACACUGUAAUUAUGAAAAUGUUUUAUUGAGAGAUCAAUUAUUUUUACUUCAUGGAGUUUACUAACUGCUUUUCCUGUGUAAUGACUCAAGAAUUGUGACACUAUGCUUGUAAUCUCGUUAACUUUAUAUAGCCUAAUUUUAAAAGAGUAUGAUCAAAGGUUAUGAAUUCACCAUACCUGCUAUAUAUAUAGCCUUUUGGCAUUAGCACUAACAAUGUGAAUGGACAAUCUGAACACUGUUCAGUGACUUCAGUGUGUAGGUUUUUGUGUUCAAUUUAUUAAAUCAUUUUUGGCCAAAUGGUAUCACAGUCAAUGUUCUGGUAUUGUCACACCCUAAAGUGUGUUGGAGUGUCUGAGAGAG